ACCUCUUAUGUAUUUGUGCUUUGAACUGGUGCAUACUGUAUAUAAAGUGAAGGGAGACGUGGGGCGUUUAUUUCCUGUGGAUUGGAUGCGUUCACUGCAGCGGUGUCAGAUCAUCUAACGGAGACUUCCUUCAUCCUUCAGGAAGUGCAGCGAGCUCCUGCCCAGCAGUCCAACCAUGGUGUGGGUGCUGCGGUAUUUGGUGAUGAUGCUGAGCUUUUGUAGCCCAGGUUACGGUGACCUUGUGAUAAAUCGUGGAAAAACCGCCACAUUUCUCUGCAAGUACACCCUAUCCUCUGCUGACGGGUACUACGAUAUCAAGUGGUUGAAGCAGCUUCCAAGUAUGAAGGAACCUUUUUACAGAGGCAUUGUUAGGUUUACCAAUGGCAACCUGUAUACUGAUCUGUACCAACCAAUGAAGGGCAGGGUCUCCUUCAGAUUUCCUGACCCCAGCAAAGGAGAUGCUUCCAUAGCCAUCAAAGACUUGCAAACCUCCGACACCGGGACCUACGUGUGUAAAGUGCGAAAGUCAGCUGAAAUACUUAAAGAAGAAGCCUUUGUCAUGGAAGUGAAGGAUCAGUAUGCCCCCGUUAUUUGUAGCGUGCACGGGGAGCCUACACUGGGUAUGGAUGUGAUGUUCAAAUGCAGUUCCUCAGAAAACAAAAAGGUGCGGUACACGUGGAAGAAGACCAGCGGAAACAAGAUGUUGCCUCCCGACGCCAUUGAGGACACUAAAAAAGGUGAAUUGUUUAUAAACAUCAGAGACAACGACGACUAUGGACACUAUCUCUGUACGGUGGAAGGUCUGGCUUCCUCCAAAAGCUGUCUGGUCCAACUCAAGGAUCCACUUGAUCCACCACCGAGCGAUGAAUCUCCAGGCACUGCGUUCCCUGUGACCCCAAGCAAAGACCCAGCAUUCCCCAGCAAUGACCCAAUGGCCCCCAGCAAUGACCCAAUGGCCUCCAGCAAUGACCCAAUGGCCUCCAGCAAUGACCCAAUGGCCUCCAGCAAAGGCGAUACAACUACAAUAGCGGCCGUGACGACCACCAUGCUUUUGCUGGCUAUCGUCUGUGCUGUGGUUGGUAUCUGGUACUGGCGUAAGAGAAUCGGUUCGUAUGCCCCCAAUGAAAGGGGGGAGGUGGCGCAACCUCGGCCAGACGGAGCCACCGUGCUGCCUCAACCAUCAAACGGGGGACAUCUCUACUAUGACCAGGUGGAUGAUCUUUGAGGAGGACCAGGACAUGUAGUGGCAACAUCAUCCCUACACGGGUUUUUUCAUAUCGUUUGUGCUGUGUUGUCUAUACCAUACGCUAGAGGUCUCAACCAUGCAGGAGAUCACCAGCUGAUGUUUAGCAGCUCACCAAAGUGUUCAUUCAGACAUUAUACCUGCAUGUAUUUAAUGCCAAAUUACCACAAUUUCAGAAGCACUGUCGUAAAGUAAAACUACUCUUAAAUGAGUACAGUUUUGUUGGCUACUCCACCCGUAUCUGAGGAGAUAACUCAUGCCAGAUUAUACUUGCAAUGGCUGGGUCUGGGGCAUUAAUGUCGGAAACCUUACCUGCCAUAGUGAUUAUAAUCACGUUAGUCCAGUCAACCAAUCAAAAACAUGGAAUCACAUGACAUCCUAUUAGUACUUGUUUAGUGUUUGGAGACUUCCUGAGCAAAGGUUAUCAGAUAAAUAAAAGCCACUCUCAUCUAA